AUGGUAGUGGCGGUGAAACGCGCGGUACUGCUUGCAUCCGCUGCCAUAUCGUUCUCGCUCAAAAGGUUCGCCCCCGAACGACUACUGCACGAGUCGUUAUGGCAAACAACAGCAGCUAUUUUCCUCAGUGUCAUUGCUGUGCGAUUUUUCUGGGCCUCUUUCGUCUAUCCGUUCUUCCUGUCUCCUUUGCGUCAUCUUCCUCAACCUAAACAGACGUCGCUUAUCUUUGGACAAUUCCUCAGAAUCAUCAAGGAACCCACUGGCAUCCCUCAACGAGAAUGGAUGGAAGAGAUCGAGAAUGAUGGUUUGAUCUACUACAGGGGUCUCUUCAACGUGGAGAGAGUGAUGGUCACCACACCAAAAGCACUCAGCGAAGCAGUAACCUUGAAAAGUUAUGACUUGAUCAAACCACCAUCUCUUAUCAAGGGACUGGCCCGGAUUCUUGGGUGGGGUGUUCUCUUAGCAGAAGGUCAGGAACAUAAGAUUCAACGUAAAAACUUGACGCCGGCCUUCAGCUAUCGUCAUAUCAAGGACUUAUAUCCUGUUUUCUGGGACCAAUCUCGAGAAUUGAUUUUGGGCAUUGACAAGGAAAUCGCAAGUAAGGCAAACGGAAAGCCCGCUGUGGACGCGAGAGACACUGGUCAUGAGAUCAAUGUUGAUGGCUGGACCUCUCGUGCUACCCUCGACAUCAUCGGCGUGGCUACAAUCGGAAAGUCAUUCGGCGCCAUAGAUGACCCCAACAGCAAGCUUUACCAGACUUACCAAAUACUGUUCAAACAGGAUUGGCAAAUACGCCUGGUUGGAAUCUUGAAUAUCAUCUUGCCCUUCUGGUUUGUCAGAGCGCUGCCGAUACCACGCAACAUCAAGAUCGAGAGGGAACGUUUGUACCUUAGCAAAGUCUGUUUCGAGAUGCUCGCAGACAAGAGGGAAAAAAUAUCUGCUGCGAAGCAGAAUAAUGUGUCCGACGAGACCGCUGGCGGAGUCGACAUUCUGAGUGUCGCAAUGCAAAGUGGAGCCUUUACUGAUCAUCAGAUUGUCGAUCAACUGCUCACCUUCCUUGCUGCCGGACAUGAGACUGUAUCGACAGCGAUGACAUGGGCUGCUUAUGUCCUCGGUAGAUUCCCCGAAGUACAGCANAAGCUGCGCGAAGAACUGCGUGCUUCGGAUCUUCCAGACAUCCGCGACACCAGUGCGCACAUAACUGCCGAACAAAUUGAGCAGCUACCUUACCUUCAUGCUGUGACCAACGAAAUUUUGCGGUUCUACUGUCCUGUGCCGGCGACCAUUCGCGUGGCUGCAAAAGAUGUCGUUCUCUCUGGACAGAUGAUUCCUGAGGGCACCAUGAUUAUCACGCCCUUGAUAGCUGCGAACCACAACUCGUCGAUGUGGAGCGAAGAUCCAAAAGUGUUCAAUCCUGAAAGAUGGAUGGGUCCUGGCAGAGCGAACACUGGAGGAGCUGAAAGCAAUUACUCGAACAUGUCCUUCUCUCACGGACCAAGAGGAUGCAUUGGAGCCAAUUUCGCCAAAGCAGAGUUUGCUUCCUUGCUCGCCGCUUGGGUCCUAGGUUUCGAAACCACACUGGUCGACCCAGACAUGAAAGAGCCAGAUGUGACCGGCGGAAUUAUCAGAAGAAUCAAAGGAGGUCUUCGUGUCAAGGUUACUCGAACAAAGUCAUGA